AUGUUGUCUCAUCAGGCACCCGUAUUUAUCUUGAUCAAGCAUGCUACCACGACCCGCAAAAUGCAAGGGAACACCAUCACCAUCUCCUCUCAAGCCGAGUGUGAUGAACUUUGGCACGAAAUCUUCUCUGUGGCUGCUAUAUCCUCCCAGGCGGGUGGUGUCAAUCAAACAGGCCGCAGUCUUGAGCUCGCCCUCAUCAAUCACCAAUCAUCUAGUCAAACCUCCAGAAUGUCCUCUCAUCAUGAUCAGGCGCCCUUUUUCAUCAAGAUCAAGUAUGACUCUGCAACCCACAAAUUCCAAGUAAACCAGCCUGUUCCAAUCUGGUUGAAUUUUUCGGCAGCUAUCGCCCAGAGGUUUGGGAUCUCAGAGGAAAAAAGGAUUGGAUUGCGAUAUCUUGACCGCGAGGGGGACACCAUCACCAUCUCUACUCAAGCCGACUGUGAUGAACUUUGGCACAAAGUCCUCUCUGUGGCUGCUACAUCCUCCCAGACAGGUUGUGUCGAUCAAAGAGCCCACAUUCUCGAGCUCGCCCUCAUCAAUUGCCACUCAUCUCAAGCUCAACCCUCUCCCGCAUUCAAAUCAGACGUUGAAGAUCACAUCAUACACUUUUGGAAGGAUCUGCCAGCGGCCAAAUUGGGUGGCGAGGGCGAGGGGCAAUAUCUGGACCUCAAAAAUUCAUAUGUUCUCGGAAACCCAGAGCUUGGUCACCGCUUCCUCGUGCGCGCAGUUUACAAAGAGCUCCAUGAACAUUUUGAUCGCCACGAACAUCGUGGUUGCAAAACUGCCAAAUCUAAAUGGAUCGUUACCGGUACUCCUGGGGUCGGAAAGACAUUUUUUGCUGCUUACUACAUGUGGGUUGCUGCAUGCCAGAAAAAAAAUGUGGUGUGGGAGCCUUUCGAAGAUUCACAGAAAGAUCGAUCAACCUAUUUGAUGACAUCGGACGGCGUUGAGCGCGUAAAUUAUGGCAGUCGUCAGCUUGUCAAGGCUUUCCAGGACUCCGAAACAGUAUAUAUUGUUGAUGGCCAACCUCCACUCCUGCGCCCCGUCUGGACUCUCCUCGUCACGUCUCCACAGUACCGAAAUUACAAAAACCUUCUCAAACAAUCAAAGUCAGAUUUAUUGUAUAUGCCACCUUGGAGCCAAAAGGAAUUGCAACUUUGCAAAGAAAUUCUCUAUCCAGGUGAAAAAGAAUUACCCACAACGCUCAUGGGCCAGCUUUUCGAGUGGUACGGUGGUGUGCCGCGAUACGUUCUAGAAAUUCCGUCGACUGAAUUCAAAUUCAGUGAUCGCAACGAGAAGGAUGUGGUGCGAAAGCUUGUCGCCAAUCUAAAAUACGCCAUCGGCAAAGUUUCAUUGACCGGUCUUAUAAAAGCGCAUCAGGCCAGACACCGUGAUGGAGAGUUCUUGCAUCGUGUUCUACACCUAUGUAGGCACCCUAGCGGAAGCCUUGAUCAGAUUCACUUGGCGUGGGCGUCACCCUCAGUCGAGAGAGAAGUGGUCGAACAAUUCUCAAAGGAAAUUCGCACUGACAUGAAGCACUUCCUUCGAUCCUCUAACGACGCCUCCCCUAGCAAUUUGCGCGGACUGAUUUUUGAGACAUACGCUCACAUCAUGUUGGAAGAUGGCGGAAUUUUUCAAGCCCGGCGACUUUGCAAAGGCGAUCCGACCAGCAACCAGAACGUCAAGGUAGAGUUUCUCCCAGCCAAGGUUUGA